AUGCAUUUCUCUAAGCUUAUCCUGGCUGUCCUGCCAGCCCUCGCCCUCGCCGAGGAUACCACCACUCAGACUUCCACUGCGGUCCUCACCAAGACCUACUUCCUCUCGCAGAUUCACACCGUCACCGCGACUGGCUUCAGCACUGAGGCUCAACCCGAGACCACCCAGGCUGAGACCACUUCCGAGGUUGAGACUGUCGCCGAGACCACCUCUACCCCCGUCAUCGAGAGCACCAGCUUUGUCUCUGUUGUCAACGCCACCUCCCACGAGGCUACCCCCAAGAGCACCAUCGCCAGCACCGCCUCUGUCGGAACCACUGGUGGUUCUGGCGAGGCUACUCAGGUCCCCGAGAACGCUGCUUCCGUUGCCCAAGUCGGCAAGAUGGCCCUGGCUGGUGUCGCUGGUAUGGUUGUCGUCGCCCUCCUAUAG